AUGGCCCGGCGAUGGGCGCGCCGGCUCGAGCGCACGUGCUGCUCGAUCGUCAAAUACUUCCCACUGCUCUUUGUCUACGGUCUGACAACGUGGGCCGUCUUUACGAUUGUCAAUAUUGGCAAUGAAGACACCAGCAUCGCGUGGCUAGGCAAGACGUCUUCCGCCGUAGGCAUUACCAUAUACCUCCUCGCCAACUGGUCCUACACCGUCGCUGUCUUCACGCCCGCCGGUUCGACCACGACAACCGACGGCUACGGGCUGCUGCCCACGGCGGUGCAGUCCCAGCGACCCUCGACAUCGCUGACCGUCAAGAGCAAUGGUGAGCUGCGGUUCUGCAAAAAGUGCCAGGCGCGCAAGCCAGACCGCGCGCACCACUGCUCCACGUGCAAGCGGUGCGUCCUCAAGAUGGACCACCACUGCCCGUGGCUGGCGACGUGCGUCGGCCUGCGUAACUAUAAGGCCUUUCUCCUCUUCCUCUGCUAUACGACUCUGCUGUGCUUCUACGCGUUUGCCGUUAGUGGCACCUGGGUGUGGACGCAGGUGAUUAGCGGCAUCACCGAGGAGGUGGACAACCUCAUGCCCGUCAACUACAUCAUGCUCUCCGUCAUGAGCGGCAUUAUUGGCAUUGUGCUCGCCAUCUUUACCGGCUGGCACAUUAUGCUCUCCAUGCGCGGGCAGACCACCAUCGAGUGCCUCGAAAAGACGCGCUACCUGUCGCCGCUGCGCCGCUCCUACAAUCUCGCGCACGACCCGCACAAUCAGUUUCACCCCGUCGCGCAGCAGAUCGUCGACUUUCACGCGGCCGCGCUGCCGGGCAUCACCGCGCCCGAGGAGGGCGAGGAGCAGCGUUGGGCGCAGGACCGGCCGGGCGCCCAGUACCACCCACCGCGGGGGCCGCCCGCACAGCGCUCGUACGCGGAGCUAGAGCGUGACCAGAGCCGUCAGCGGUACGAGGAGUACCUCGAUGAGCAGGACGCCGAGAAGCUGCCCAGCGCGUUUGAUCUUGGCUGGCGGAGGAACAUGACGCACCUGCUGGGCCCGACCCCCGCGCUCUGGUUCAUACCCGUUUGCAACACCACAGGUGACGGCUGGGUGUGGGAGGCGAGCCCCAGGUGGCUCGAGGCCUGCGAACGCCUACGCAUCGAGCGGGAACGCCAGCGCCAGCGCGAGAUCAAUGCCGGCUGGGGCGAGGCAGGGCCUCCGCCGGAACCGCCGUCCUACUAUAGCCAGCCGCCACAGCAGGAGCAGCAGGAGCAGCAAUACCCGCCGCAGCAGCGGCAGCCGUCCAGCAAAGCAGACCGUCUUCUCGGUCGCGAUUCAAACCUGCACCCCGACCCACGUUCAAACGACAACGGCAACACCGUACCCCUCCGGCGUCUCAGUCCGCGUGGACGCACCCUCGAGCAACAACUCGAAGAUAUUGACAAUGACAUUAUGAGCUCGGACGAAGAGCAGCAGGAGCAGCAGCCGCUGCGUCCAAAUGGCGGCGGUCCGGCACGCAUGAAUAGCAUGAAUAGCAACGGCAGCAACUGGGGCCGCGGCGGGGCGAGCGGCAUGUUACGCGGCGCUCGCCAGACGUCCAAGCGGGAUGAUGCGGCCACGGGCUACGAAGACCAAGGCGUAGACUAG